AUGUCAGCGUUUGUGAUAUUUGUGGCAAUACUUUCUGUGGCGUCAUCUGGAGCUAUGGUGCAAAAGCUGGCAGUAUUAAACACUGAAUUUGGGUUGGCUAUUUACAAGCAGUUGAUCGCCGAUCCAGAGGUUAAAGACAUAUUUUUCUCGCCUAUUAGCAUCUCCACCGCUUUGGCUAUGCUACAGCUGGGCGCUAACGGCACUACUGAAGAUCAGAUAAACCGCGCGAUGAAAUUCGACACACUCAGCCAAAACGAGAACGUUGCUGCUCUUUUCCGCAGCCUGAACGCUAAACUGUAUAAUGCAAGCAACAACUACACGUUGAAAUCCGCCAACAGGUUCUUUGGGAGCAAACGUUUUCCAUUUCGACAAACAUUCCUUAGCGACAUGCGAGACUAUUUUAAUGCAGUACCUGAGUCUGUGGAUUUCAUGGCAAAUCCCGAAGGGUCUCGCGUGCAUAUCAAUAAAUGGGUGGGAAAUCAGUCAAAUGAUAAAAUCAAAGAACUUAUGGCAAAGGGAACAAUUACCAAAAGCACUGUCUUUGUUUUGGCCAAUGCCAUCUACUUCAAAGGACAGUGGAAUAUGUCAUUUAACUCCACCAUGACAUCUACCUUACCUUUCAGAAGCAAAGGGCAGGAGUAUCUACAGGUUGUGUUGUUUAAUGCUUGGGGUCUCUUCUUUGGCGGCGGUUAA